AUGAGCAUAUCUCCGGGCAAUCACCAUCGGCGGCGGAGCUCUGUUCUCACGGGCGCUGGUCCGUCCCAACCGCAACCACCUUUCAUCGAGCAGAGGGAAGAAAAUCAUAAGCGCGACGAACAGAAGCCGUCGGCAGCCGAUGAUGCGGAUAUCUCAGACCUUUCCUCAAUUGCGGAGAGUGAGGAAGGACACUACUUGAGCUCCGACGACGACCAUCCCGUCGAUGAAGAAACCGGCCUCACAGCGAACCAGAGACGCCAGCGGCGUCGACGACGGAAACAGCGGAGGCAAUUGGAUGCUCGCAUAGCAGGUACAAAGACAGAUCUGUUCAAUCUCAGUUCAGCAGAUCGGACUGUCUUUAGCAGGUUGCUGGUCAACGUUGGACUAAUCCUGUUAUGGUACUUUUUCUCGCUCGCGAUUUCCAUCUACAACAAAUGGAUGUUUUCUCGAGACGAGAACGACAAGGAGGUUUUCCCAUUUCCUCUCUUCACUACCAGCCUGCAUAUGCUCGUUCAAUUCACGUUUUCCUCCCUUCUCCUCUUCUUCAUCCCCUCGCUACGGCCUCAACCUACACCUCCCUCAUCUCCCGACUCCGAGCCCAGGCCGGUGCUCACCAAGUUCUUCUACCUAACACGCUUGGUUCCGUGUGGUGCAGCAACUUCUCUAGAUAUCGGACUAGGCAACAUGUCUCUAAAGUUCAUAACUCUAACUUUCUUGACGAUGUGUAAAUCAUCUGCGCUUGCCUUUGUUCUCAUAUUCGCCUUCGUCUUCCGUCUGGAGACGCCCUCUGUCAGAUUGAUAGCUAUUAUCGCUACAAUGACCAUUGGUGUGGUGAUGAUGGUGGCCGGCGAAACAGCCUUCAAUGCUGUGGGCUUCGUCUUGAUCAUAGCGUCUGCUUUCUUCUCUGGUUUCCGAUGGGGCUUGACGCAAAUCCUCCUUCUGCGACACCCAGCAACAGCGAAUCCAUUUUCAACCCUUUUCUUCCUCACCCCAGUCAUGUUCUUUUCUUUACUUCUCAUCUCACUCGCCGUCGAGGGCCCGACGGAGAUUGUCACCGGCCUCACGGCUCUCGCGGACGCUCACGGGUUCGGAUCCGGCAUCCUACUCUUGGUCUUCCCCGGUGUUCUAGCAUUCUGCAUGAUUUCGUCUGAGUUUGCGCUACUUCAGCGAUCCUCGGUUGUCACCUUGAGUAUCUGCGGCAUAUUCAAGGAGGUAGUCACGAUCACCGCAGCGGGCGUGAUCUUCCACGACAAACUCACGGCGGUCAACGUGACCGGCCUUGUCGUCACCAUCGGCAGCAUUGCCUCUUACAAUUACAUGAAAAUAUCAAGAAUGCGAGCGGAAGCCAAACAGAACAAUUGGGAAUCCAACCCAAGCUCGGAUUCGGAAUAUGACUCUGAUCAAAGAAGGCAGGGUGAUUAUCAGCGAAUCGCCAACCCUGAAACCUCGGAGAUCCAUGCCCAGGGCGUCGAUGCUGCUCAUGAUCAGAAUGCUGGGCGCUCUUUCCCUGCUCUCACCACUAGUGCUAGCAACAACGUCAACGCGCUCACAAUCAGCACGUCGAAUUUGAGCGAUCACGGUCAUGGGUCGACUCAUUCGCCCCUGAUCUCUGGCCCGUCGCCCUUGAAGUCAGCGCCCCCAAUCAUCGUAUCCAUGGAGGAUGAACUUCACAAAGCCGGACGGAGCUUAAGUCCAAAUGAACAUGCUCAGUCUUCGUCAGGUCGCGUAUCUCCAGCGCAAAGCCAUUGA